AUGACCCACCAAGCCCAAAUAGUCGCAAUUCAAGAACCCCCCCUCCAUAAUGGGAAACCCCCCUCAGUACCGUCCUUUACACUGCUUUGCCCCUCGCCCGUCAGAGCAGAGGAUAAAAUAUCCUCGUACAUCUAUCUUAAUACCAACAUCCUCGACAAGAAUUCCUUCACUACCCUCCCAUCCCACAGAGGAGAUAUCGUUUCCGUCAAUCUCUUCUGCAAAACAAGCACAAACACCCACUUAACCGUUACGAUAAUCAGUCUAUAUAAUAGACAGCUGGACAGCGCCACCCGGUCGCUAAGCCCCCCAAGUAUCUUUAGUACAUCCGAUAACCCAUGCCUAAUCUUAGGAGACUUUAAUAUCCACUCCCCCUCCGCCGACCCUCUCCGCUCCCUCUCCCAACGAGAACUCCGCCUCUCACAGCCCUACUUUGACACAGCAACCCGCUUUGGGUUCCUACUUCUAAACACCCCAGGCAUUCACACCAGACUAUCCCCUGACCCCAAUAAAAGGCACAGCGUGAUAGACCUCGCCUUCAUCAACCUCCAGGCCAACGCUCUAGUCAGGAAGUGGACCCCUCUAUCAAACACGUCAGAAUCCGAUCAUCGAAUCAUCGCCAUCUCAAUGUCACUCCCAUCAGCAGACUUCACCCCAUAUCAAACCCCCAAUUGGAAGCGAACAAACUGGCCCCCCCUCAUCGACGAACUCAAACAAACCACAAUCCCCCCAUGCCCCAUGCCCAACAUGGUAGACGAUUGGUUUGAAAAUCUCUUACCACUAUUACAGACCUCAUAA